GUCUUCAAUGGAGCCUACUUAAGCAUCCGCCCGAAAAUGCAGGACAGUAGGUGGUUGGUUGCAUCAAUUAUUGAUCUCAUCACAUCCCUUGGCUGAUUCACAAAGACGUCGUUGACCUCAAAACUCCAUAGCCACAACCUUCUUCCUCUCUUCUGGCUAAGUUCAAACCCAUUCUUGAAUUUAAUAAUCUCACGCUUGAUGACUAAAUGAAUCGUCCAUCAAUGUCCCCUGUUUCGACUCAUCAUGUGCUCUGUUUCUUGCUUUUUCUUAUCCCAAAUCCUUGUCUAGCUCAAACUAGGAUAGCAGUUGGAUCUUCUCUGAUCGCCACAAAUGGCAACUCUUCAUGGCUUUCCCCUUCUGGGGACUUCGCAUUCGGCUUUCGCUCAUUGUCCGACGACGGUACCAAGAAUGACCAGCUCUUCUGGCUUUCCAUCUGGUACGACAAGAUACCUUCUAAAACAAUCGUCUGGUUCGCCAAGCAAGACCGUCCGGCGCCCAAGAAUUCGAAGCUAGAACUCAAUUCCGGUUCAGGUCUCGUCGUCACCAGUCCACAGGGUGAAGAGCUGUGGAAAUCUGACGGCUUCGGCGGCACAGUCUCGCACGCUUCGAUCAACGAUACAGGCAAUUUCGUGCUCCUGGACUCGAGUUCAGAGGUGCUAUGGGAGAGCUUCGCCAAUCCUUUCGACACCUUGCUUCCAUCGCAAGUGCUAGGAAAGAACCAUCUUCUUUCCUCCCGUCAAUUGGAGGAGAGCUUUUCCACAGGAAGAUUCCAACUUCGGAUGCUCGACAGUGGAGACCUCGUGCUCAACACGAUCAACCUGCCUUCUGACUACGCCAACGAGCCUUAUUACAGCGCCAAGACCGACGGCAGCUCCAACGCGUCAACCGCCGGGAAAGAACUCGUGUUCAGUGACUCAGGUUCUCUGUUUGUCUUGAGAGAAAAUGGCGAGAAGUUCUACCUCUCGCAGGGGCAAAUACCCUCCACGUCCGAUUUUUAUCACAGAGUCACCCUGAACUUCGAUGGGGUCUUUGCUCAGUAUGUGCACCCCAAGAAUUCAGGUUCCAAUGGAAGCUGGAGCAUGCUGUGGUCUCAACCUGAAGACAUAUGUAACGGUGUUAAUGUCCAUGACGGAAUUAGCGUCUGUGGGUACAACAGCAUUUGCACUCUGGGUGCGGAUAAGAGGCCAAAUUGUAACUGCCCAGCCAAAUUCACGUUGCUCGAUCCCAGUGACAAGUAUGGCAGUUGCAGGCCUAAUUUCACGCAGAGCUGUGCGGAAGAUCAGGAAAGGUUGAAGCUUGGUCCAAUGGAGGACCUGUACGAGUUCGAAGAAUUCGUGAACACGGAUUGGCCAACCUCCGAUUACGCGCUGUUGCGGCCUUUCAGCGAAGACCAGUGCCGGAACUCGUGCUUGCACGACUGCAUGUGCGCGGUGGCGGUUUUCAGGGACGGCAACAGUUGCUGGAAGAAGAAGCUCCCGCUCACCAAUGGGAGAAUCAACCCUACACUCAACGGAAAGGCCAUGAUCAAAGUCCCGAAGCUCGACUUUCCUCCUAGUAACGAUUCCCGUUGCCCGCUCCCGGACCCAAAGGCGAAAGAUGGAUAUCCAAAAACUCUGGUUUUGACAGGAUCACUGUUCUUGGGAACUUCUGUUUUCGUGAACUUUGUACUAAUCGGCGCUUGCACGGGGUUUUUCCUAUUCUACCGCAAGCAACUCAAGAAAUUAUCCGUGAAAGGGAAUGUGGUGGAGACGAAUUUGCGCUAUUUCACUUACCAGGAGCUCUUCCGAGCCACGGAUGGGUUCAAGGAAGAGCUAGGGAAGGGAGCUUUCGGGAUCGUUUAUAAAGGGGUGAUUUCAAAUGAUACAGCGGUGGCUGUGAAAAAGCUGACUAGCAUGAUGCAGGACAAGGAGAAGGAGUUCAGAACCGAAGUGAAUGUGAUCGGUCAGACCCAUCACAAGAAUCUGGUCAGACUACUUGGCUUCUGUGACGAAGGGCAAGAAAGACUGCUGGUUUAUGAGUUCUUGAGCAACGGCACGUUGUCGAGCCUUCUCUUUGGAGGAGACCCGAAACUGAAAAUCCCUUGGAACCACAGAUGCCAGAUCGCUUAUGGAGUCGCCAGGGGACUAAUGUACUUGCACGAUGAGUGCACGACGCAGAUCAUCCACUGCGACAUAAAGCCGCAGAACAUCCUCCUCGACGACUGUUGUGUCCCGAAGAUCUCUGAUUUUGGGAUGGCCAAGCUCCUGAUGAUUAACCAGAGCUACACCCAGACGAACAUCCGAGGGACGAGAGGGUACGUCGCUCCCGAUUGGUUCAGGAACUUGCCCAUCUCCGUGAAAGUGGACGUGUACAGUUUCGGAGUUGUGCUUCUCGAGAUAAUCUCCUGUAGGAGUUGCGUCGGAACCGAAGCAAGUGGAGAGCACAGAGAGACAGACGCCUUGACAGAUUGGGCUUAUGAAUGCUUCGUGGAGGGAAGGUUGGACGCGCUAGUCGAAGGCGACCUGCAGGCUCUGCAAGACACAGAGAAGCUGAAGAAUAUGGUCAUGGUGGCGUUCUGGUGUGUUCAGGAGGACCCCUAUUUGAGGCCGACGAUGAGGAAGGUGACACAGAUGCUAGAAGGGGCAGUGGGAGUGCCUGUUCCUCCAUGUCCAUUCCCUUUCAAUAGCUGCAACUCUUCAAUCGUUACAUGAGAGCAG